AUGUCUGCGCGUGAGUCCAUACGUGGAGAAAUACGGCGCAUGACGGCCGGUAAAAGCGGACCAAAGAAAUGGCGGGCGGCUGCAAGGGUUUUAGUCGACAGGACAAUGUCAACACAGUUCUGUAUGGUGAUAACGGUCAGUGGGCUUACGAUUGGAGCCAUUGUAUGCAUUGUACCUAUCGCCGCCAUCGGCUGCUUUUAUGUGGCGCAGGAGAAAUACAAAGAGCGCCACCGGAGCGCAAGGCAACAGAAGAAAUCCAAAGAAGAGAACCGGGUUGUUAUGAUGCCGCCUCCAAGGUUUGCUGACCUAGAGGUGACGAGACGGAGGAAGAUCAGCUUCGAAGCACAAUGUGGUUCUGAAGAAUCAAAUGUGACGCCGGAAACGUCUUUGCAAUAUAAAUCUCAACCUUCGAACCGAAUGGCAGCGAAAUCAAACUCGCAGAUUGUGAACCCCUACAAACCGUUGAAGUUUCCACAGGACUCACCAUUCUUCACCAUUCUACCUUUAGACAUCCGAAUCAUGGUAUACGAGCUCGUCUGCGGUGGCCAUCAUCUAACUAUAGUGCCAUGCUACACCGGACCAUAUCGUCACGUUGGCGAACAGCGAUACAUCCAGAUGAACACGUACGAUUGCUACCCUAUGUGUCCCGAACGACACAAGUACGAGACUGCCUAUCGCUGGGUUGUUCCAAUCGAGAGUGUCGAGGACUAUAAUCAUGUGAUGAGCCUGCCGUCGUUGGUGAAUGGUUGGAGAUCGAAUGUAUCCUUGUGGGUAAUUCUAGACUCCAGAAUGCCAUGCUUGCCUGUACAGGGUCUUACUAGUGUCUUGUAUCGCGAAGCUGUAAACGUUCUGUACGGCGCUAACAAUUUCAACUUCAAUAUCACCAAAGAUAAGCUACUACCGUUGUCCAAGUUCAUGCUUCCGCAAAGAAUCGAUCACAUCCAUAGAGUCACUGUACAUGCGACUCUUGUGGACAUAGCAAACGGCGGUGGUGCGUGGGACGUCCUGCGAAACCUGAAAGGCUUGACGUAUUUGUGCAUUAUUAUUUCUGGGCCCAUGCCACAGGUUGUCGAUGACGAUCUAUUCUAUAUCAAAAGGGUUGAUCGACCUAGCAAUUUGCGAGAGUUUGAGGUAUUGAUACCGUGGAAAUUGAAUGAAGAGUUGGAUGCAGUCGUUAGGGGUGGAGAUUGGUCGUGUCGAAUAAGGAGGUACGCUAUAAGCUAG